AUGGCGGAGGGCCGGAAGCUCAACUUCCCGUCAGCGAUGACCGACGACGAGAUCGAGAGGCUCGGUGUCCUCGUGUCGCGGGUGGAUCGACCGGUGCAGCCGCCGCUGCCCCGGUACGCCACCGACAUCAUGCCGCCAUGCCUCACGGAGGAAGAGGCCCAACAACGAGCACUGCAGAACUCGGCCCGGCACGCGCCGCCGCCUCCACCUCCGUUGUUCAGCCCGUGGGCUGCUCCACCUCCACCACCGGCGUUCAUCCCGUGGGUUGUUCCACCUCCAGCUCCACCACCGGCGGCACCGCCGUAUUUUCCGCCGGUUGCCAACUGGCUGUGGCAGAUGCCGGAAUUCGUCGUGCUCGACGACGACAACGACGAGGAGUAG